UGGCACGGCCGAGGGCGGGGCCGCGCCUGCGCGCAGGGGCCGCGGCACCCCGGGACGACGGCGAAUGCCCCUGGACCCCGGCGGGCGGGAGAUCUCGGGGUGCAUUUUGCGCCCUGGUUUCUGGGGUUCGCGGGCCACGCGCUGGGUCUCUCCCAGGGCAGCCGGGAAGCGGCGCGCGAGGCGUCGGGCUGACCCCGCGGUGGCCUCGCCGCCCGGCGCAGGAGGGCGCCCACCAUGCCCCUCUUCGGGAACACGUUCAGCCCCAAGAAGACGCCCCCACGGAAGUCCGCCUCGCUCUCCAACCUGCACAAUCUGGACCGGUCAGCGCGCGAGGUGGAGCUGGGCCUGGACUAUGGGACCCCCACUAUGAACCUGGCCGGACAGAGCCUGAAAUUUGAAAACGGCCAGUGGAUCGCAGAGUCGGGCAUCAGCGGCGGCGUGGACCGCAGGGAGGCCCAGCGCCUCCGGAGACGCAACCAGCAGCUGGAGGAAGAGAACAACCUCUUGCGGCUGAAGGUGGACAUCCUGCUGGACAUGCUCUCAGAGACCACGGCCGAAUCCCACCUGAUGGAGAAGGAGCUGGAUGAGCUGAAGAGCGUCAGCCGGAGGCGGAAAUGAAGACCCCCAAGCCUUCGAGCCAGCAGGAGACCCCCCCCCACUGGUCAGAGGAGUAGAUGAUGGCCGGGGGCACGGGGGUCCCUUAGAUGUUUCGGGAGGAUCAUUUCACAGUGCCCAAGUGCACUGGGAUUGGCAACAGGAAAGUGACGGCGGGAAGGAGAGAGAGCAAGAAUCCAGAAUGUUCUUCCACUGCACAACACCCCCUGGACCUCUGGGGGUGAGGGGGACCCCAAGAGCGUCUCCAGCCAUGUCGAGUCCCGGCAUCCCCGUCGACUCGGGGGCCCCCCCAGGCCGCCCUCCUCUAAAGAGCACAGGAACCUCAGCCUCGGGGCCCCCCUGGGCCCCCGCCGCCCCACAGCACCCGCAUCUUUCACAGUGACACUCUAUUUUCAUAUUCCUUUCCUGUUCGCGCACUUGUUUUUUCAAGGAUUAAAUGCUUAUAUAUAUAUAUA